AAAAAGUAAUUGAUUAUUUUCAGUGAGUCAGGACUGCACACUGCCACAAGAGCUCUGGGGCAACUGGACGAGUACCAACCUCGGUACAAUAGUCAUCACAGGGACUUCCCCAAGUUUGACAUUUACUAAACUAUUUACCGCACAGACUGUCAGUGCUAAUGAAAUGGAAUGUCGUUAUACGUCUGGAACUCAGUAUAUUCUCGAGUCAAAGUACCACAUACCUACAUUCAGUUCCACGAAUCCAAUUUUCAUGUGGAUGUGUCUAGAUCUCCGCAGAGCAAGCGCUUACUCUUACUACUACUAUCUAAACUCACCUGUGGAGUUUGGUUUCGAUGGUUAUCGGCUUGUUGGCCUUCCUGACGCAACAACCUCUGUCAGUGACGUGUGCACGGAAACACCUGAUACAGCCGAGUUUUAUACGAUGAUCAAAGAUGGGUUUGAGACAGAUGCCGUGAAUGCCGUGCAGUGUGCAGAUCCAGUGCUUGGUUCAUUUAGCUACACGUACACAGACGACUCAGGAGUCACUUCCUGUGAAAACGCUAUCUCAUCUUUCAUAAACGCCUGCGACAAUUCGAACAGAACGCAUAUAUUGGUCAACAACAGUGACUGCAUGUCUAUCAACCCUUUCUAUUCAAGUAGCGGUCAGUUAGGAUGCAUUGCCAAUGUACAGGAUUCCAAUUCAGAUGUUUAUUACAUAUCUUUGUAUAAUCUAGACACCUCACCAACGACACAGUUUAUAUGCAUUGCUGUGACCAAAGAUAGCAAUGGAACGGUUUAUCUGAGUAUGAAGCAGACAGAUUGUGUCUCUAACCAGUCGCCGACAACAGCCCCAACAGGUGGAGCAACAAUGGUCCUUUCAGCUUACUAUACAUGUAUGUAAACCCAGAAAAGGUUGAUAAUGGUUUGGGUGGUUAGAAGACUAUCACUUGUUUAAACAACACGGGUACUAGGUUUGCACGUUUGUAUAACUGAAACAUUGUCCUUAAUUUCUGUUAGCAGCGACUUACUGUAGCACAUAUUACAUUGCUUUACACAUUAUAUUCAGUUAGGGGUCCUCCGUGGCCGAGUAGGUAAGGUCGCUGACCUCAAAUCACUUGCCCCUCAUCGAUGUGGGUUCGAGCCUCGCUCGGAGCGUUGAAUUCUUCAUGUGAGGAGGCCGUCCGUCCAGCUGGCUUACGGAAGGUCGGUGGUUCUACCCAGGUGCCCGCUCGUGAUGAAAUAAUGCACGGAGGGGCACCUGGGAUCUUCCUCCACCAUCAAAGCUGGAAAGUCGCCAUAUGACCUAUAAUUGUGUCGGUGCGACGUUAAACCCAACAAAAUAAAUAAACAAAAUAUAUUCAGUUAAUCUGUUACAUGUCUGUUUAGUCCUAGAAAAACUUACUUUGUUCACUGAGUGAAAAUAAAAUCUCAAGUAUAUAUCGACUAGUGACAUUAUUUCCAUGUAUUCUGAAUACUAAAACACGUCAUUUAGACGUUAUGUGAUUUUGAUGUGUAGGCACAUUGCAUACGCAUAAGCUGUCAUGAGACGGUUUUUGCAGGCAAUAACAGUGUUGCUUUUGUAAGGAAAAAUUUAUGCAGCAUCAAAUCUGAAACUUGUUUAAAGACACGUGGCAAAUUUAAGUAUAUUCUAGUAUUUAUAUCAUUGUCAUUUAACAUCUUAAAAACUAUAAGAUAAUUGAUAAAUAACAGUAUCUGCUUGGUAUUACAGUUAACAAAAAAAUACAAAUAUUAUGGUUGGGGAGUGGGAUUUCGAUGACUAUUAUGUAUAAAUUAGAUUUAAUUAGUUUUAUAAUAUGUUCAUUGUUGCAUAUUUUUGGACCACGUUUAAUUUCUAGAAUGAUGGGUGUUUAUUUACACAGAUUUAACCCUUAUCAUGCUGAUUCUGUCUUUUCGACCAGUGAAGAUCUUGAUAAGCCUGCACAUCCGUGCAGUCUGAUCAAGAUAUGCACUGUCCGCCAUUCAGUCAGUAUUUUUUUUUUUUUUUUUUUGGUAAUCACCCUUUUUAACAGUCGAUGGUACUGUCCAAAUUGAAAAGUUCAUUACAGAAAUUUAGCUGGGUAAGGGUUAAAGCUGAACAAAACACUGGAAAGAUCACAAAAUCCAAUGAUAUUUCUAAGUGUUUUUUGCAAAGUGAUCUGCUUGUAGAAAUAUCUGAACGCUUUUUUUCGGGAUGAUAACGUAAACAAAAAUAAUGUAUACAAGGUAGGUUCUGAAUUUGAUCCCCUAUGAGAUUGUGGUAUUGUUUGUUUUAUCACUUUUAUUAUCAGAAUUAUUUUCAUGAAAUCCAUGCACGGGAAAUAGAGGCCGUCCUAGGACUAAGAACGUCAAAAUAUUCGCGUGUGUGACGUGCCUGGUGGCGGGAAUUAGUUUUUAUGACCUGUCACCUGUUACUAUACAUGUGUAUGUUAUAAAUUAUAU